AUGUCUGAUUCAGAGAACCCUGCCGCGGAUGUGCCCGACGGCCAGCCGGACCCCGUUCUCGUGGGGCCGGGGCUGAAGGCCUUGAAGCAGGAAGCCUAUACCGAUGCCACCAAUGCGACCCCGAGCUUGGAUGCCGAUAAGAAAAGCCAACCAGACAGCGAUGCACCGUCUUACUUCGCCAACGUUCCGGGAACUAGCACCGAGGGAAUAGAUUCAUCCGAUUUGUCCUCGAUCCCAGAGAAGUCCCAGGGAACUACAUCGUCGGGGCAAGACUUAUUGCGACGCUUAAGCUUAGUGGGGGAAUCAUCACCCGUUUUACCGGAGGUUGAUCCGAGAACGCAACAUCCUGAAUUGAAAUUGAGUGGCCGAUUGAUUAGUGCCGCCUUCUGUAUUCCCUACAAGCUUCAAUUUCAAGCAGGCUCGGACUGGUCCCUCAAGCCCCGCUCCGGUAGUUCAGCCCUGUUUGAUUCCUUUGCCGACCUGGCUUCAGAGGAGAGUCCCUGGUCGCAUACCUUGGUGGGUUGGACCGGAGAGGUUGAACCCGUUCUAGAUGCCAAGGCUCCCUUGCAACCCAUCCCCGCCAACAAGUUGCCGCCUGGUUCAAAGAACCCGACCGCAAGCCCCAUAAAUAAAGCUGCUGCUCCAGUGCCGGUGAAUGCGACCCAAAAGCCUCCAUCGCAUCCGUUGGUCGAUGGGAUCAGCGUCGAACGACAGGAUCGAGAAAAGCUGGAUAGUCAACUAGCCUCGGGGCGACAUGGCCGGAUCUUGCCGGUCUGGUUAUCUGACGCAUCAGAGGAACCACAAGAUACCAUUGUUCUCAAAGACCAAGGGCGAUGGCGACGAUAUUCCGAGAGGGAGCUCUAUCCUCUCCUACACUACAAGCAGCAUGGCCCCACGGACGGACGCUCAGAGCGACGGUGGUGGGCUGAUUAUAUCCGGUUGAACCAGUUGUUUGCCGACCGCAUCGUGCAGGAUUAUCAGGAGGGUGAUGUCGUCUGGGUCCAUGAUUACCACCUGUUUCUUCUGCCUAGCUUGCUUCGACAACGGAUACCUGAUAUCUAUGUAGGCUUCUUCCUUCACUCUCCUUUCCCUAGCAGCGAGUUUGUGAGGUGUCUGCCGAAGCGCAAGGAAAUCUUGACCGGUGUCCUUGGUGCAAACAUGAUCGGUUUCCAGACAUUUUCAUACUCCCGACAUUUCUCCUCAUGUUGCACGCGUGUUCUAGGUUUUGAUUCCAACUCGGCCGGUGUGGAUGCAUACGGAGCUCACGUUGCAGUGGAUGUAUUCCCCAUUGGAAUCGAUGCGCGUGCGAUCCAAAAGGCGGCCUUCGGCGCCCCAGAGAUUGAGAAGGCAGUGGCAGGUAUCCGCAAGCUAUAUGCCGGACGCAAAAUCAUCGUUGGUCGAGACCGAUUGGAUAGCGUUCGGGGUGUGGCACAGAAGUUACAGGCAUUUGAGUUGUUCUUGGAGCGAUACCCUGAAUGGCGGGAAAAAGUCGUCCUUAUUCAGGUCACUAGCCCAACCAGCGUGGAGGAAGAGAAGGAGGAUCCAGAUAACAAGAUUGCCGGCCAAAUCUCCAACCUGGUAUCUACGAUCAAUGGUCGAUUUGGCUCGUUGAGCUUCUCACCCGUGCAAUAUUACCCUCAAUAUCUAUCACCCCAUGAAUAUUUUGCUUUGUUACGCGUGGCCGAUGUCGGACUGAUCACCACCGUACGAGACGGGAUGAACACCACUAGCCUGGAGUACAUUGUUUGCCAGCAGACGAACCACAGCCCUCUCAUUCUUUCUGAAUUUUCCGGUACCGCAGGUACCCUUCCAGGCGCAAUCCAUAUCAACCCGUGGGACUUGGUGGGUGUUGCUGGGUCGAUUGACCAAGCUCUCAAGAUGCCCGCACCACAACGGAGAGAACAGCAUCUGAAGCUCUAUAAGCAUGUUCUAACCAACACCGUGGGCGCGUGGUCGCGACAGUUCCUCCACCGACUGCUGACCAAUCUUUCGUCUUUUGAUCAAUCCGUUGCUACACCCGCCUUAGAUCGCGCAAAAGUGGUCAGACAAUAUCGCAAAGCACGGAAGCGCUUGUUUAUGUUCGACUACGAUGGUACUCUGACCCCCAUUGUGAAGGACCCGCAAGCGGCCAUUCCAUCCGAUCGUGUUCUGCGUACCCUCAAGACGCUAUCCGCUGAUCCGCGGAAUGCGGUUUGGAUUAUCAGUGGACGAGACCAAGCCUUCUUGGAUGAAUGGAUGGGUCAUAUUCCCGAGCUAGGGCUCAGCGCCGAGCAUGGCUGUUUCAUUCGUCAGCCGGGCUCCGACGAUUGGAAGAAUCUGGCCGACAAACCAGAUAUCAAGGAAUGGCAAAAGGAGGUCUUUGAUGUCUUCCAGCAUUAUACCGAGCGCACUGGCGGCUCAUUCAUCGAGCGGAAACGAGUGGCAUUGACCUGGCAUUACCGCCGGUCUGACCCGGAAUACGGAAAAUUUCAGGCCCAGGAGUGCCGAAAGGCACUGGAAGACACUGUGGCCAAGAAGUGGGACGUUGAGGUCAUGGCGGGCAAAGCCAACCUGGAGGUUCGGCCCACAUUUGUCAACAAGGGUUUCAUCGCUACGCGGCUGGUGAAUGAAUACGGCACAGAGCCUGGGAAAGCGCCCGAGUUCAUUCUGUGCUUAGGGGAUGAUUUUACGGAUGAAGACAUGUUCCGUGCGCUUCAGAAGUUCGAUCUGCCGCAAGACCACGUCUAUUCAGUGACAGUGGGUGCCAGCUCGAAACAAACGGAUGCUAACUGGCACUUGCUGGAACCAGCCGACGUGAUCAACACUAUUCAGAUGCUUAACCAGAGUUCCAAUCAGGACCAUUGA